UCCCGUGUCAUUGAUAAGACUUUCUUAAUUCACCCUUAUGUAGACUUGCCUGCAUGCAGAAUACUCCACUCUAGUGCUGCACCCCUGUCUCUUAUACUUGCCUGGAAUUUUGGAAUGCUUGUUGCUUUCUGCAAUAACACUUGGAGAGAUUAUUGAUGCUCGGAUGCUCUUGAAUUACACGCCAUCAUCAAUAUCAACUAAUGAGAUGAGGCUUUCCCGUGUUAUUUCAUUCCUUCCUUUUAUCAUCUGCUUGAUUCCUGCUCAGGGGGUGCUUGGCAAAACUGAAAAAGCAACCAGCAAGCGAGGAGAUAAACAAGGCUUUGCUCGAAGUGGGGAGUUUUCAACCAAACACCAGCACGAGUGCACGUGGGAGAUUGCAGGAGAUCAGAUAGUUAAUAUGACUCUGGUCUGCCAGCAACAAGGUGUUAACAGUUACACGUGCAGUUAUACCGGGGAUCCACUGAAGUGCCCCUCAUACAAAACGAAAGCCAAGCAGUACUGGAAGCAAAUUUUAGGGAAAUUUAAGAAAGUGAGAAAUGCAUGUGAGGAGAAAACCUUAAGGUCACAUAUCUGUAAAAAAUCAGCGGCUGUGGAAUCCCAGCUAAUAAAAGUAGAUGCAGGUGCUGGUGAAGAAGGCAAAAAUAUCAAAACCAAAGGCAAAACUCACAUGAAAGAGCCUGGAAAGGGGACAGAGGAGAAACCCAGAAGCACUGAAGCAAAUGAGGAUAGUGGUGGGGAACAGAAAAGCAGCUCCAAAAAGAGGAAACCUUUCCCUAAAUCCAAUCACAAGCCAAAUCCACCCACUCCUUCAUCAUCUCUACCCUCUUUGUCUACUGCAGCCAGAGAAGUCAAUGAUGAUAUUGUAGAACUAAAUGAAGAUUUGGCAGAAACUUACUGCGCAGAGAAGUGGAAUUCGUUGUGCUCUUUCUUUGUCAAUUUCUGGAGCGGUUAAGGGCAUGAGAAUUGUAAGUUGGGCAAGAAAGGACCAAGCCUAAAUAUUGUUAUUUUUUUAGCUAAAAUUUGCUAACUCAGGAAUUCCUUGUUAUUCAUAAUAUGACUGACAAAUCCUUUAAUACUAAAGCAAGUGUAGGCUUGUCUGCAUUUAUGCGUUGUUUUCAAUGAUGUAUAUUUUAAGACUAGUAUAGGAAAUCUGUUAAAGCCUAGCUGGAACUCAUUCUAAGACAGACACUUAGGAUGAUGGGACCUGCAGUUUAAUGGCAACUAUAAGAUCUAUGUCUCUGCUCUACCAGUGAAGACUAUUGUCAUUUGGUGCAAUUCUAUUAAAAAUCAAAAGCAUAACAGAGGGCAAUUGGGCUGAAUAAUUCCGUAUUUUACUUUGUCUGAUAACUAGCAAUGGUUUCCAUGGUAUUUAAUUCAGUGAAGCUAAUUUUUAUGAUCAAUAUUUACUGUCACAUUUGAAUACCCUAAUAAAAUGAUUAUUAUAAUAUAGUAAUUUAUUGCAAAAA